AUGUCACAUGCUUCUUUGACUUUUGGGCAAAACAGCGGCUACUCUUUGACAGCACUCUCGAUGGCAGCCGAGUAUCAAGCUCUGCAAGGUAACAUGGCAAACCGUUUAUCUCAUGAUGCGAUGCAGACACCAAUGCCUUCGCAUACUGGAACUAUCGCUGCGUCGGUGGAAGUUCCACCUUCAGCAAUGCUUACAGAGCCUUCUGGCCAGAGCUACGAGUCGACAUUUGGCGAGUCGCUUGACAGUCUCACUUCAUUUCUCGAUAGUGAACCCCUAAACUCGUAUCAUUUCGCGUCCUGGAUUAAUACCGAACAGCCCAUGCCUUUCUUCUCGCCAGACUCUUUUGGCUACGGUCAGCAAGCUUUGACCGAGCCAGAUAGAACAACAGCGCCUACGCCUGGCUGGAGACCUACUCAAUUAGAGGAGCCGCCUUCGCUAUCGCGGUUCGGUUCUCGAUUCCCUUCUUUGCAACCGGAAGAUCAGCCCUCACGCAGACGGUCCUUUGCAGAUAUCUCACAUCAGGACCGGCAAAGUAUCAUCGAAAUGCUUCACCAGUUUUCUACUGUCAUACCCAGCGAUUUUGUCCUACCCACCCGCCUAGCGCUGUGCAGGUAUAUCGCUGCAUACAUCAACGGAUUCCACGAGCACAUGCCUUUUCUUCACAUACCCACAAUGUCAGUGGAGACAUGCUCCAUUGAGCUGCUCCUAGCAAUAGCAGCUAUCGGUGCGCAAUAUACCUUCGAAGGGGAAAAAGGUGUUGAGCUGUUUAACGUAAGCAAAGCGAUUGCAACGCAGCGUAUCAGGAAGCGAGAUUCGCGCUUGGUGCAGCUUCAACAUUAUUCUGAAUCAGAUUGCUCGUCACCACGAAACCAACAGAAUGAUGCGCAAAGUCCCCGUCGAAAAGGCUCCGUUUCGGGACCUCUGGGUCUGCCAUCUGACGUUAAUGGCCCUAGUCUUGGAGAGGAUCUUAUGCAAACCGCGCAAGCCCUACUUCUGCUUAUGGCACUAUGUACUUGGGCCAAGCAUAAAGAAAUUCUCCGAGAAGCGCUCGCGAUCCAGAGCAUCCUAGCUACAUUGAUUCGAGACGAUGGGCUAGAGACUGAAAGCCUUCAAGAGAACAUAUCCUGGCCAGAUUGGGUCCGACGCGAAACGACCAAGAGGACUAAGUUUAUUGUUUAUGGCUUUUCUAACCUACAUUGCAUUGUCUAUAACAUUCCGCCCUUCAUGCUAACGAGCGAGGUUAAAUUACCAUUACCUUGUAGUGCAGCAGAGUUCAAGGCACCUACAGAAGCUUUGUGGAGGGAAGCGAGGAAAAAAGGCGCACCAGAAGUUCUAUUUCAGGAUGCACUAAAACGUUUGUUUACAAAAGAUGGUCGGGAUGUUACAGAAUGUAACUCCUCGUCUGGAAACUAUGCUCUGAUUCAUGCUCUAAUACAGCAUAUUUUCUUCCUACGACAAGUGGCUCGCUGCCGUUUUGAAGGACCUGGCGAUCUCAGCACAGAGGACGUCGCAUCGCUCGAGAACGCUUUGCGGAAUUGGCAGAUUGGCUGGCGUCAAAACCCCGAGUCUUCACUGGAUCCUAUGUCCCAAAAUGGUCCUGUUGCUUUCAAUUCAACAGCCUUACUCCGUCUAGCGUACAUCCGUCUAUACGUAGACACAGCAGGCAGGGCGUUAGAAACAAGGGAUCCUUUGUUAAUUGCCAAUGCUUUCCGCGCCGGACCUGCGAUAAGGCGCUCACCGAAGAUUACAAGGGCAGUGCUGCACUCGGCUCACGCACUUUCCAUACCUAUCAAGAUAGGAUACCGUCUUGUGGCUAAGACGCAGUCUUUCAUCUGGAGCAUUCAACAUUCUUUGUGUACGCUUGAGUGCGCCUACCUCAUGAGCAAAUGGCUUGAAGCGCUAUCAGUACAAGAAGCAGACCCGCCGGUCACGGAAGACGAGCACAAAAUUAUUGCGAUAGUGAAGAGCAUGUUGGAUGAGACUGAGUUUGCUAUUCCAGCCGACGUCACGCCCGAAUCGCCCAACUUUACGCGACACCUAAGCGCAGGAGUGCUCAGGGUCUGGGCGAUGAUCUUCAAAGGCUCACAAACGUGGGCCAUAGUUGAUGUGAUUGGAAGCUCUCUCAAUCUGUACGCUGAUAUGCUCGAGUCGGGGUGA